UCCAGGCCCAUCAUCCCCAGCCAACUUAUCCUCAUCUCUUAAACCUACCAUUUCUCCUUUUUUCUCCGAUGAUUUCAUCUAUCCCAGAUCAAAACCGCUAUUAGCCUCCUGACUCACGACACCCAGGUUUGCUUUCAGACAUCACUUCUUUUUUAUAUUAUUUUUUCUGGGUUUAUUCCAACAUCCAUACAGGCUAAAUGAGGGGAUUUUAGGAAGGCAACCCAACAAAAGAUGAAGUCAAUUCAGGCUAUUAACAGAAUCUUACCUGGUAUUAAUGGUCCAAAUUCAACAAAACCGGAAUUCUUGCCUUCUUACCCAUAUGUUUUAUGCUUCAACGCUAGGCUUCCGGUUACCAAUUCCUUGAAAUUAUUUUUAAAUGAAUCACAAUGUCAACAACAGUUUGCUCCUCUAUUGAAACACAAGAUAUAUGCAUCGGUUUCGAAAUGCCGGCUAGGGACUGCUGUUUGCAGACUAGGAGGUGAAGAUAAGUCGGCUUCUGGUGACAAUGAGGGUUCACAAUGGAAAGCUAUUGAGAAAGCUAUGGGAAACUUCGGGAAACAAGAGUCAAUUGAGGAUAUGUUAAAGCAACAGAUUGAGAAAGAAUACAAUGAUGAAGGCAGUGGCAAAGCUCCGCCACGUGGUGGAGGUGGCAAUGGUGGAGGUAGGGGAGAUGGAUUUCGAGGAUCAGAGGACGACGGCCUCUUUGGGAUCUUGGAUGAGACCCUGCAAGUGAUCUUAGCAACCAUUGGCUUCAUAUGCCUGUAUAUACACAUCCUUACUGAGGGGGACCUUGCUCUGGUGGGGAGGGACUUCAUUAAGUUUCUGUUUGGACGAAAAAAAAGUGUUCGAUUGAGGCGAGCCAUGGAUAUAUGGGAAAGAUUAUUUAAGAAGCUGACUGAGAAAAAGAAGUACAAGUACGACAAGUAUUGGUUGCAAAAGGCUAUUAUCACUACCCCAACAUGGUAUGACAGCCCCGCCAAGUACAGACGGAUCCUCAGAUCUUACCUAAAAUAAGACGAUGAUGAAUAAGAAUAAUCCUGUGUCCUGAUGUAAUUAUCUUUCAGAUCCUGAAAGAGAUUAAUGAGAAUGCCAUUCAUGACUGUUUUGUGUUUCUGAAAAUGUUAUUAAAAUCAAAUUUGAUAUUAAAUUGUUACAUUUUGGAGAAAUUUCCACUGUCAUUGAAAGAGUUUUGUUCAAUCAAACUGGGAAAAUGGAUGAUCGAGAAAUAGUAAUACUACGAAGCA